GAAGAAGAGGAGGAAGAAGAAGAAUCUGAAGAAACCAAACAAAAGAAAUUAAUUGAAAAACAAAAAAGACAAAUUUCAGAGUUUAGAAGAAUGAAUAGAAUUAAAGUUGAAGGUACAGAUGUUCCAGAUCCAAUUAAAUCAUUUGAAGAUUUAGAUGAUAGCAAAUUCAAAGUUAGAAAGUAUUUAAUUAAAAAUAUUCAAGAGAAUGGUUAUAAAGAACCAUCACCAAUUCAAAUGCAAACCAUUCCAAUCCUUUUAAAAGAAAGAGAUGUAGUUGCAAUUGCACCAACUGGUUCUGGUAAAACUGCUGCUUUCUCUAUUCCAAUCCUUUCAGCUCUUAGAGAACCAAAAAAAGAAGGUUUCAGAUCAGUUAUUAUUGCACCAACUCGUGAAUUAGCUCAACAAAUUUAUCGUAAUUUUAGAUUAUUAAGUAAAGGUAAACCAUUUAGAAUUUGUGUUCUUUCAAAGAAUUUACAUAAUCAAUCAACUGAUGAAAGCUUAAUUAAAAAUUAUGAUAUUUUAAUUACAACACCAUUAAGAUUAGUUUAUUUAAUUAAAGAAAAUGUAUUAAAGUUAAACAAUGUCGAAUACUUGGUAUUUGAUGAAGCAGAUAAAUUAUUUGAUAGAGAUUUUGUUGAACAAAUCGAUGAUGUAGUAACAGCAUGUCAAAACCAAAAAUUAAAAAUUUGUCUUUUUAGUGCUACAAUGAAUACAUUAGUAGAGGAAUUAGCAAAUUCAAUUAUGAAGAAUCCAAUAAAGAUUACAAUUGGUGAAGAGAAUGCAGCAGCAGUUACAGUAGAUCAAAAAUUAAUUUAUGUUGGUCGUGAAGAAGGUAAAUUAAUGGCAGUUAGACAACUCAUUCAAAAAGGUUUAGAACCACCCAUUUUAAUUUUCACUCAAUCAAAAGAACGUGCCCACGAUCUCUUCCAAGAGUUGGUAUUUGAUGGUAUUAAUGUAGAUGUAAUUCAUUCAGAAAGAACUCAAUUCCAAAGAGAUACCAUUGUAAAGAAAUUCCGUACUGGUAAAAUUUGGGUAUUAAUUUGUACAGAAUUAAUGGCUCGUGGUAUGGAUUUCAAAGGUGUAAAUUAUGUUAUCAAUUUCGAUUUCCCACAAACUUUAGCAUCAUAUGUUCACCGUAUUGGUCGUACUGGUCGUGCUAAUAGACCUGGUGUUGCUUAUACCCUUUAUACUGACGCUGAUAAACCAAUGUUACCAACUAUUGUCCAUGCAAUGAAGAAAUCUGGUUCUGAGGUACCUGAUUGGAUGUUGUCUUUAAAAUCAACUGGUAAAGAAAAACAUCAAUAUAGAAAGAAAGGUGUAAAUAGAGAAACAUUUUCAACUAUUCCAUUAAGUGAAAGAGCAUCAUCUAAAUUUAAAUCAAAAAAG